AUGGCCUUCUCUACAUAUCCACACGCUAACGCUUACGGACAGAACCUUCGUGGGUUCAAUGCGUUUGUACCAAAUGCGUUCGGGGCUGACCCCGCUCAGAUGGAACGAUAUUACAACCAAAUAUAUAUCUACGGGCCUGAUCCUCGUUUUCCUAUUUCUGCCGCAAUGAUUGCCGGAGCUGCAGCCUUCAAGGCUGUCCGAACCUACCAAGAUCAAUCCGGGAUGAAGCUCCCAAAUAAUCACGAUUACAAUAUCAAUGCUAUUCGCACAAUUGCAGCCAGAGAAGCAGAUAUGCUUCUAAGACAAUUCCCGUUACCGGAUGUGGAUCCCACAAUUAUCCUGCUGUCGGCAGAAGCUGGGGCUCAUCGUUUAUAUGAUCAGGAGCACUACAUCCCCUCAUAA